AUAUAAAUAACCUAACUUCAUAGUAUUUAUGACAUUUACUUAACCCACUUAACCUAAAAAUCAUUCAAAAAGAAAAUGAGUGUCUCCUCAGAUUUACCAUUAGACCAAGAUCAAAUAAUUUUAGCUACAGCCGGAUAUGAUUACUCGAUAAAAUUAUGGCAUACUCAUCACGGAGUAUGUUUGCGAACCCUACAACAUGCAGAAUCGCAAGUAAAUACGUUAGAAAUUGCACCGAAUAGAAAUUUAUUAGCCGCUGCGGGUUACCAACACAUCCGAAUGUAUGAUUUGCAAUCAUCAACUGCAAAUUUUAUAGCUGAUUAUGAAGCGGAUUCGAGAAAUGUGACAAGUAUAGGUUUUCAAUCGGAAGGAAAGUGGAUGUAUUCGGGUGGGGAGGAUAAAUCGGUUAAAAUAUGGGAUUUACGAACUUCCAAUGUGACUUGUCCCAAAUCUUUUAAAUGUAACGCUCCUGUAAAUUGUGUUACACUUCAUCCAAAUCAAGGGGAGCUAUUUAUUGGAGAUCAAAUGGGAAAUAUUUAUCGAUUCGAUUUACGCACGGACUGCAAUGAACAAUUGGUAAAUAUUGAGUUAAUUCCCGAUGGCCAAUCUAUGAUUUUAGACAUAGACAUUACUAAAGAUGGUACGGAAAUGGCAGUAGUUAAUUCAAAAGGAAGAUGUUUUAUUUGGAGUUUAAUAUCAGGAAUUGGUGAUGUGGCCACUCAUUAUACACCUAAACAUAGAUUUCAAGCUCAUAAACGGCAGAUAUUAACAUGUAAAUACAGUCCUAAUGCUAGUAUUUUAGUAACUACAUCAGCUGAUCAAACGGCGAAAUUAUGGAAUACAAGUGAUUACGAAUUAUUACAGGAAUUGAAACAGGAAAAUCAAAGAUGGGUUUGGGAUGCAGCAUUCAGCGCUGAUUCUCAAUACGUUUUUACAGCAUCAUCUGAUUCAAUGGCAAAAUUAUGGAAUGUAAAAACAGGACAACUUGAAAGACAAUACGCAGGUCAUACGAAAACUGUUACAUCUAUAGCUUUUCGCGAUGUUAUUGCAGAUUAGGUAAUUAAUUUUGAAUUUCAAUAAGAUUGUUAAUUAUUUUAAAUAAAAUCUUAAGAUUUCUUUUUAUUAAAACGAAAAUAUUCCUGCUUAUUAUUAAGUUAUCAUGAUGUGGAUUUAUUGUUAUAGUAUUGUGUUUUUUAAUUAAGGUUUUUAUUUCUUUUAAGCUCAUAAAUAAUAUAAUCAUAAUACAUAAAAAUUGCACCAUCUACAUAAUCAUCUAUAAUCAAUUCUAUUAAGUUGAUUAAAAACAUGUACAUAAAUAAAUAACUCCUUAAAAGAAAGCAAAUGAAAUUUCAAA